UUCAAAAAUAUAAAAAAAGUUUACUUCCUGGAGUUAAUUCAAACAAAUGAAACAAAUGCAAGGAAAGCCUAAUUAAUUCUACAACAUCACAGAGACUUUCUAUUUUGUAUUCCAGUGCAUGCAAGAAAUGGGAAAUGGGAAAGCAAAUCGCCUUUACGAAGGUUACCUGCCAGAGAACUUCAGACGACCCCAGACAGACCAAGCAGUGGAGAGCUUUAUCAGAGACAAAUAUGAAAAGAAGAAGUACCUGGACAGAAGUCUCGACAUCAACAUGCUACGGAGAGAAAAGGAUGAAAAAUGGAAGAAGGAAGCAGCCACUGGGAAAAAAAUGGAGCCAGUUAUCUUUGAGAAAGUCAAAAUGCCUCAGAAGAAAGAAGAUCUUCAAACUACAAAAAGCCUUUCCAGACCCUCGGAGCCAGUCAUAGACCUGCUGGGACUUGGUUGUUGGCUCAAUGCCCACAGCUGGAAGUGCUGGAUCUGUUCCUGAAAAGCUGAACCUGUUCCCUGAGCCGGACAGCAAGGCUGAAGAGACGGGGAAGAAGCAGCUCUCCAAGGAUUCCAUCCUCUCUUUAUAUGGCUCCCACACCCCACAGAUCCCCACACAAGGAGCUGUGUUCCUAGCGCCUACCCAAAUGGGCUAUCCGGCUGCCUAUCCCAAUUUCCCAGGCAUAGCACCACCUACUGGCAUGUUGGCACCACCAGUGGGGGUGAUGGCGCAGCCAGGAGCGGCCGCAGGCAUGGCAGCACCUAUGGCGAUCCCAGCAGGUUAUGUAGGCGGCAUGCAGACUGCUAUAAUUGGGGUCCCCAAUGGGAUGAUGGCAACGCAGCAAGCAGGGUACAUGCCUGGCAUGGCACCUGUGCCACCACCAAUGUAUGUUGUACCACCAGCUCACCAAUUACAGUGGAACCUUGCUCAGGUGACGCAGCAAAUGGCAGGGAUGAACUUCUGUGGCACAAAUGGAGUGAUGCGCUAUGGACAGUCAAUGGGCAGAGGGGGUGCCCCAGAAACCAAUCAAGCCCUCAGUUCCCAGGUGUGGAAAUAGUGCACACAAACACGCACGCCCCGGAUCUGGACCAUUUUCUCGUUCAUUUUUAGCUUCGGCUCUUUUGGGUUUUUUUCCCCAGUUCUGUAUUAAGCAUCAGUUACUCCCUGAUGUUAUGUUUUUGACUUCCCUUGCUGGUGAGUCUCAGACGGAUAUUCUACUUGUGAAGGGAGAUCUACUCGGCCAAUUUCCCACCUCGUGUUCAAAGCACUGACGGAAUCGUUGCUACUUUGGCUCACCUUGUCCAUAGGCGAGCGUGUUUUUUUUUUUUUAACAGGGUGGACCGAAGAUGGCAGGUGGCCAUUCUGGUCAAUGCAACCAUCGUUUCAAAGCCUGUUCUGGGAUUGCAAAAGGAAUGGUCAUGAUGGCUCAUGUGACCUUUGCAUCUUUAGUUGUGGCUUCACCUCAAGGCACUUUGUAUUUUAGGACUUUGGCACCAAAUACUCUUGGUUUUUUUUUUUUUAUUCCACCAAUACAUUCCAUGAUUUCUGUGGUGUUUUCCAAAACUACUUCAAACGUGUUAGCCCAUCAGCCUUCAAGCACAAUUCUGCUUCUUUUCUGAAAGUGAGUUGGGAGGAAACAUACCUCUUAAAAAGCAGCUGCUGCUCAUUUAGUCCUGGCAUACUUAAAUGCUUUUAUUUCCUUUCUCCCUAUUUUAACCUUUGAAAGAUUUAGCCUAGCGUUUCUCCAACUUGGCGACUUCAAAAUGUGGGACUCUCAACUCCCAGAAUUCCAGUGCUUGCUGGAGGAUUCUGGGAGUUGAAGUCCAUAUCUUGAACUUCUUAAGGUUCAGAAACACUGCAUUUAAUGGAUAAAGGUCCAGAGCACUGGCAAGUUUUCGUUUGGAUUUGUCCUCCCCUGUGUAGCUCCUACAAACGCUCAACUGGCCCGGAUGAUGACUUUAUCAGAGGGAGAAAAACCAAAAUUUUCAGAGAUGGGAGCCAAUCUCCCAUCUCAGUCACUUCACAAAGACCGUGAUCACCCAAAUCCACAAUUUUGAAAGAUUUUGUAGCACAAAUAACAGCCAGGCAACCUACUUUAUCUUGUGUAUAUGUAAAUUCGUUAAUAAAAUGCUGCCGUGAAACUCUUA